ACGGUUGUUAUAAAUGGUAGGUCGGGAAAGCAAAGUGUGGCAAUAAAGGGGUUAAUCCACAAAGCACAGAGCCAUCUGGCUGAGCUGGUUUGUUAUAAUCGAGCAGAUUAUGUUCACAGGACUCAGAGUUUAAGGCUCCUCUCCCAUAGAGCAACUCUCCACAACCCAAGCAGACCAACUUUGGGACUUUGAAUGAACAUAUUUACAUCCACCUUUCUCUUCAUGUCGACUUUUCUGGAAACAUUCACACGGAUGCCAUGGUUACUCCUACCACGAUCUUACAGGUGAACAAGGUGAUGUCCAUCUUGUUUUAUGUGAUAUUUCUCACUUACCUUCGUGGCAUCCAGUCUUCCAACAUGGAUCAAAGGAGUUUGCCAGAAGAUUCGAUAAAUUCUCUUAUUAUUAAACUCAUUCAGGCAGACAUUUUAAAAAACAAGUUUUCUAAGCAGAUGGUAGACAUUAAGGAAAACUAUCAAAACACAGUGCAGAAAACAGACGCUCAGCAAGACAUAGACAGAGAGGAAAAUGUGAAAUCAGACUUCCAGCCAGUUUUCUCAGUGGAUACAGAUCUCUUGAGGCAGCAGAGACGCUACAAUUCUCCCCGAGUCCUUCUGAGUGACAACACGCCGCUGGAGCCGCCGCCCCUGUACCUCAUGGAGGAUUACAUCGGGAAUUCCGUGGUGGUGAACAGAACCUCCCGGCGGAAGAGGUAUGCAGAGCACAGGGGCCACCGGGGGGAAUACUCCGUUUGUGACAGUGAAAGUUUGUGGGUCACGGACAAAUCCUCCGCCAUUGACAUCAGGGGACACCAGGUGACUGUUCUGGGAGAAAUUAAAACGGGCAACUCUCCAGUUAAGCAAUACUUUUAUGAAACGAGGUGUAAAGAGGCCAAGCCUGUAAAAAAUGGCUGCCGCGGCAUUGAUGACAAGCACUGGAACUCCCAAUGCAAGACAUCCCAAACUUAUGUCAGAGCACUGACUUCAGAAAACAACAAACUGGUGGGCUGGAGGUGGAUACGGAUAGACACCUCCUGUGUGUGUGCCUUGUCCAGGAAAACAGGAAGAACAUAGAUCUGCAUCUCUUUGCUAUAUAAAUUAUUACUUUAAAUUAUAUGAUACGCAUGUAGCAUAUAAAUGUUUAUAUUGUUUUAUAUAUAUUAUAAGUUGACCUUAUUUAUUAAACUUCAGCAAAUCUACAGUAUAUAAGCUUUCUCUCUCAAUAAACAAGAGCAAAGGGUGUGUGCCUCUACCGUGGCCAACUCUGGGGUUUUUUAGACUAUGUUUGUGACACUGCUUGUUGGCAGCAUACCUUAACCUUCCUGUAAAAUCUGUAAAAUCAGUAUUUUUCAUUCAGUAUUGUCAAACCGGUGACUGUCAUUUAGUAAACUUGUUAAAAAUCAGAUCAAUGCCAAGACUUGUGUACAUAUUUAUAUUCCCUACUCUAUCCAUUCACAUUUAAUUGGAUCUGCAGUGUUGCCUCCUCACCACCAAAAAAAAAAAAUGGACCAAAAUACAUGUUGCAGCCUGCAGAUGAUGUCAAAUUUUCAGGCAUCAGGUAGCACUAAAAUAUAGUUUCUGUGUACGCCACUUUUGCCAGUGAAAUGACCAUUUUCCCUCUGAUAGCAACUCAGAAUGGCUGCUAAUAAUCCAGGAACAUCCAUUUGCAUUUAGGAAGCACAUUUGUUUUGCAACUGUUUCUAAUGCUGCCAGUGCAUCAUUGAAAAAAUAUGAAAAAAAUCUGAAAUAUUUGUAGCCAAAACUUGCUGAAGUCAAGAACUGAUCUAAAUGGAUCAUUAAUAUAAUACAUAAAAGAUGGUUUGUUGUGAUCAGCCUCCUCCUCCUCACAUGAAUCAAAUAUCUUCUGCUUGCAUUGCUGGAUCAUUCCUCUCUGAGUUUUUAAAUUAGAAACAAAGCUGGGAGUGUCUUAACCUUAAAAGAGUUCUCGGCUUGCACAUCGUAGUAAAGAAAGAUGCGAUAUCCUGGCCACAAGCCCGUACGAAAGCUUCCUUCUCCUCAGUGAUCCAUUCUCCAUCUUUCACAGGGGGAAAAUAUGUGUUGAACUGCUUGAGAAACCUGGUACCUUUCACAGGAAUGUGAAAUGGUUGGUGGCUAAAAUCCAUGAAGUCUAUAGUUAUACUGAAGUUGCCCAAUUAAACAUAUGAGUUGUUGCUUAGGAAAGACAAAUGUGCUAGCAUG